AUGCGCGCUGUACCAGAGGUCCGUGUCCCAGCAGUUAAAAUGCGCGCUGUACCAGAGGUCCGUGUCCCAGCAGUUCACAUGCGCGCUGUACCAGAGGUCCGUGUCCCAGCAGUUAAAAAGGGCGCUGUACCAGAGGUCCGUGUCCCAGCAGUUCACAUGCGCGCUGUUCCAGAGGUCCGUGUCCCAGCAGUUAAAAAGGGCGCUGUACCAGAGGUCCGUGUCCCAGCAGUUCACAUGCGCGCUGUACCAGAGGUCCGUGUCCCAGCAGUUAACAUGCGCGCUGUACCAGAGGUCCGUGUCCCAGCAGUUCACAUGCGCGCUGUACCAGACGUCCGUGUCCCAGCAGUUGACAUGCGCGCUGUACCAGAGGUCCGUGUCCAAACAGUUCACAUGCGCGCUGUUCCAGAGGUCCGUGUCCCAGCAGUUAACAUGCGCGCUGUACCAGAGGCCCGUGUCCCAGCAGUUAAAAUGGGCGCUGUACCAGAGGUCCGUGUCCCAGCAGUUAACAUGCGCGCUGUACCAGAGGUCCGUGUCCCAGCAGUUAAAAUGGGCGCUGUACCAGAGGUCCGUGUCCCAGCAGUUCACGUGCGCGCUGUACCAGAGGUCCGUGUCCCAGCAGUUAACAUGGGCGCUGUUCCAGAGGUCCGUGUCCCAGCAGUUCACAUGCGCGCUGUACCAGAGGUCCGUGUCCCAGCAGUUAAAAUGCGCUCUGUACCAGAGGUCCGUGUCCCAGCAGUUAAAAUGGGCGCUGUACCAGAGGUCCGUGUCCCAGCAGUUCACAUGCGCGCUGUACCAGAGGUCCGUGUCCCAGUAGUUAACAUGCGCGCUGUUCCAGAGGUCCGUGUCCCAGCAGUUAACAUGGGCGCUGUUCCAGAGGUCCGUGUCCCAGCAGUUCACAUGCGCGCUGUACCAGAGGUCCAUGUCCCAGCAGUUAAAAUGCGCGCUGUUCCAGAGGUCCGUGUCCCAGCAGUUUACAUGCGCGCUGUACCAGAGGUCGGUGCACCAGUAGUCCACAUGCACGCUCUGCCGGGGGUCUGUGUCCCAGCAGUCCCUAUGCAUGCUGUACCAGAUGUCCGUGUCCCAGGGGUCCACAUGCACGCUGCAUCAGAUGUCCGUGUCCCAGCAGUCCACAUGCACGCUGUACCAGAGGUCCGUGUCCAAACAGUUCACAUGCGCGCUGUUCCAGAGGUCCGUGUCCCAGCAGUUAACAUGCGCGCUGUACCAGAGGCCCGUGUCCCAGCAGUUCACAUGCGCGCUGUUCCAGAGGUCCGUGUCCCAGCAGCUGACAUGCGCGCUGUACCAGAGGUCGGUGCACCAGUAGUCCACAUGCACGCUCUGCCGGGGGUCUGUGUCCCAGCAGUCCCUAUGCAUGCUGUACCAGUUAUCCGUGUCCCAGGAGUCCACAUGCACGCUGCACCAGAGGUCCGUGUCCCAGCAGUCCACAUGCACGCUCUACCGGGGGUCUGUGUAACAGUAGUCCCUAUGCAUGCUGUACCAGAUGUCCGUGUCCCAGUAGUCCACAUGCACGCUGUACCAGAUGUCCGUGUCCCAGGAGUCCACAUGCACGCUGCACCAGAUGUCCGUGUCCCAGUAGUCCACAUGCACGCUGUACCAGAGGUCCGUGUCCCAGCAGUCCACAUGCACGCUGCACCAGAUGUCCGUGUCCCAGUAGUCCACAUGCACGCUGUACCAGAAGGAGUCCACAUGAACGCUGUACCAGAGGUCCGUGUCCCAGCAGUCCACAUGCACGCUGUACCAGAUGUCCGUGUCCCAGCAGUCCACAUGCACGCUGUACCAGAGGUCCGUGUCCCAGCAGUCCACAUGCAGGCUGCACCAGAUGUCCGUGUCCCAGGAGUCCACAUGCACGCCGUACCAGAGAUCCGUGUCCCAGCAGUCCACAUGCAGGCUGCACCAGAUGUCCGUGUCCCAGGAGUCCACAUGCACGCUGUACCAGAGGUCCGUGUCCCAGCAGUCCACAUGCACGCUGUACCAGAUGUCCGUGUCCCAGGAGUCCACAUGCACGCUGUACCAGAGGUCCGUGUCCCAGCAGUCCACAUGCAUGCUGUACCAGAUGUCCGUGUCCCAGGAGUCCACAUGCACGCCGUACCAGAGGUCCGUGUCCCAGCAGUCCACAUGCACGCUGUACCAGAUGUCCGUGUCCCAGCAGUCCACAUGCACGCUGUACCAGAGGUCCGUGUCCCAGCAGUCCACAUGCAGGCUGCACCAGAUGUCCGUGUCCCAGGAGUCCACAUGCAGGCUGUACCAGAUGUCCGUGUCCCAGCAGUCCACAUGCACGCUCUACCGGUGGUCUGUGUCCCAGCAGUCCACAUGCACGCUGUACCAGAUGUCCGUGUCCCAGGAGUCCACAUGCACGCUGUACCAGAGACUAUUCUCCCUUUCUUCUAA